AUGUCACGUCCAUUGUUGGGUAAAGUUUGCGUAGUAACUGGUGCCAGUCGUGGCAUCGGUAAAGGAAUUGCAUUACAACUGGGAGAGGCUGGAGCUACGGUUUACAUAACAGGUCGAACCUUUACACCAAAUGACACACCAUUACCAGGAUCCUUGCAAGAAACCGCAAAACAGGUCGAAGAACGUGGUGGCACCUGUAUACCAGUGAAAUGUGAUCACACAGAUGAUAAACAAGUAGAAGAAUUAUUCAAUAAAAUCAACAAAGAACAAAAUGGACGAUUGGAUCUCUUGGUUAACAAUGCAUAUUCAGGUGUUCAAGCUAUGCUCGAAGGUCCAACAAACAAAUUCUGGGAACUCGAUCCUGGCUUUUGGAACACUGUGAACAAAGUGGGACUCAGAGGCCAUUACGUUGCGUCUAUAUUUGCAGCAAGAAUGAUGGUACCAGCAAAACAGGGUUUGAUUAUCAACAUCUCGUCACCAGGGGGACUGACGUACAUUGUUAGCGUUGCUUUUGGUGUUGGAAAAGCCGGGGUUGACAGAAUGGCACGUGACUGUGCGCACGAGCUGAGAGAAUACAACGUUGCAGCUGUUUCAUUGCACCCUGGGGCUGUGAAAACUGAAAUGGUCAUGGAUAUGUUAACUCGAGUCCAAAAUGGUGGGAAAGAAUACCUGUCAACGAAACUAUUUGAAAAUGCAGAAAGUGCCGAGUAUAUUGGCAAGGGAGUCGUACACCUGGCAAGCGACCCGAAAAUUAUGAAGAAAACAGGUUGUAUUUUAUCAUCAGGAAACUUGGCAUUGGAGUAUGGCUUUACAGACGUAGAUGGAAAACCCAGAAAAUGGGGGCAGUUAGAUAAAAUGGGAGCAAUCAAAUCCACUUUAGAUGAGCAAAAUACUAGCUGUUACGUUAUCGUGGGUGACUACAAUUACCUUGGUAAUAUGAAUAAUUCACUGUUUGCUAAACAUAUGACGAGGUCAUGGAAAUAUAGUUCCAAACCUGGCUGGUUCGGGUAUGUAGUUGAUUUGUACAACGUAUCAAGGGUCUUGUGGGAGAAAUUAUAUGCUGCAGAGAAAACCAUGCAAGGUCCUCUGUUUGAUUUCCGCAAGAAAACAAAAGACGCAAAUAAAUUUAUUAAAACUCGUGAAACUGUCUUACUCAAAUAA